AUGAAGAGCCUUGCAAGUAUUGGAAGCAGUGGGAGAUCAUCCACAGAUGACAGUAAUAUUAAUGAUGAUCAUGAAGAGGUCUCCAAGUUGGCUAUAGCAUCGUUUCAAGCUCGAGAAGAAGAGAUUGAGAGGAAGAAAAUGGAGAUGAGAAUGAAGGUCGAAUCUCAACUCAAUCGUGCUGAAGAAGAAACCAAGCGUUUGGCUCAAAUUUGGGAAGAACUUGAUGUGUUAACGGAUCCCAUGAGAAAAGAAGUUGCCAGUGUACGUAAAAGAAUAGAUAUGGCUAACCGUGAACUCAAAUCACUUGGACAAACCUGCCAAAAGAAAGAGAGGGAGUAUAAAGAAGCCCUGGAAGCUUUCCAUGAAAAGAACAAUGAAAAAACUCAGCUGACCACAACCCUCAUGGAGUUGGUGAAUGAAAGUGAGAAAUUCAGAAUGAGGAAACUGGAAGAACUCGCCAAGAUUGUAAAUCCGAACACCUAA